AUGGCUGCACCUGUCAUGAUAAAUGUCUGCUGUGUGUUUGUGUUUUCCAGUUUGCUACAUCUAAUUCCUUGGAAAAACAAGCGCUUGCAGGACGCCAUCACUCGAUUGGACAAGUCUUGUAUCUUGGCUCUCUGUGUGACAGCAAUGUUUGUGACCCCACAAUUAGUUGAGAGUGAGACUUGCAAACCUGGCGCGUUUUACUCAUUGGUAACAGCAGCAAUUCCUCUGGGGCUAGCAUUCAUUGGGAUUCUUUGUGGCCUAGGCCCAAUCGCCUUUGCAAGCUUUAUCUGCCCCUUUGCCUCCAACCUUUGGUUCUACGGAGUGCAUGUAGAAGACUCUGAGGUCUUUUACUGUAUGUUGGGUGGUGGGAUCCUUCAUGCAUUGGGAUUUUCCCUUUAUGCAAGCCGAGCAGGAGGAUAUCAUCCAUUUUGGGGGUACCAUGAAUGGUUCCAUUUGUUUGUCACCAUUGGAAUUCUUGUCCAGGUUGAAGGGGUCUUUGCAUUGAGUUCCUACACUGAUGAAAUCUGCACUUCUGGAGGAUCAGACACUGAAUCAAUUGUGGGUAUCUUGACGGAAGAAAUCUACACUGCUGAAAGCGCCGCCACUGCCCUCCGUGGUAUGUUCAGGCUUGUUCAAUGA